AUGACCUUAAAAGGUUUUUCUACUCUGACGAAGGGCGUUUUCGGACGUUACGCUCCUGCGCAGGUUUUUUUUUUAAAUUUUUGACAUGACAGCUACACGUUGCAUCUUCUUUCAAGGACGACUUUAGAAUAUUUAUAGCUCGCCAUUACUUCUAACUCCGUUCUACAAAAACGCUCAAACUAUAAGUAUGUUGGAAUGCCGGCGGAAACUGACGGGUCCUUGUCUGGUGAUCUUAACUACGGACUUCACACUAUUUUUUUCACGGAGCUGUUUCGAGGUUCUGUUAUUCGAAAUAUGUAAUUAUAAAUAAGUUUCAGGAUUUGGAGUGAUGCUUGGUCACGUUUUCAUGGAGCCUGCUACAAUCAACUAUCCAUUCGAGAAAGGGCCAUUAAGCUCUCGAUUCCGGUUAGAUUUGCGCUAAGCCAGACCUUCUUGCUGAUUUUUUUAAAAAUUUUUCUGGAACUUCUUCAGGGGAGAGCACGCGCUCCGUCGUUAUCCUUCGGGUGAAGAGCGAUGCAUCGCCUGCAAGCUAUGUGAAGCUAUUUGUCCUGCUCAGGUGUAGCUUUGUAUUUUCAGUUUGUGUAAUUUCAAGUUCAGGCCAUCACAAUCGAGGCGGAGACUCGUCCAGACGGAAGCCGACGAACAACUCGAUACGAUAUCGACAUGACAAAGUUAGUUGCGAUUGCAAAGUUCAGAUCAUUUUUUUCAAAAGACUCACUUCUUUCUAUAUUUGAAACGGGCGAAAAAUGUUUUCAAUUAAUUUUUUUUUUGCAGAUGUAUUUACUGCGGCCUCUGCCAGGAAGCUUGCCCAGUCGAUGCCAUUGUUGAAGGGCCCAACUUUGAGUAUUCCACAGAAACACACGAGGAGUUGCUCUACAACAAGGUCGGUACCUUUUUCUUGCAUUUUUCUAUUCCUUCAAAAUUUACUUCUGCAGGAAAAACUGUUGCUCAACGGAGAUCGCUGGGAGCCGGAACUCGCCGCAAACCUCCAGGCCGAAUAUCUUUACAGAUAA